GGGCUCGAGCCUGGGAGCACGCCAGGGACGAUGUGCUCAGCUACGCCAACCGCCUCUGCGUCCACGCUGUGGACGACAAUACCAACAGGCGCUACGUCAAGGAGGUCAGGCGUUUCCUGCAGGACGUACAGCGGCAGCGGGUCGCCUUCGACAGCUUUGCCGAGCGCGACGCCGCCAUGGCCAACUACCUGUCGGCGCUGUGCUACUUGCACCGCGAGAGCGUGGGCGUCGGCAACGCCGUCUUCUUCGGGUUCCUGCGCAUCCACGAGGACCAUCGCGACAAGAUGCCGCAGUCGGCCCGCGCGCUUAAGUCCUGGCUCAGGAUGGCUGCGCAGGGCGAGGGGGGGCCUCUCGACCGAGCCUCCAUCGCCUGCAUUGCGCUGUGGAUGCUACGCGGCAACAUGAUCUACGAGGGCGUCCUGGUGCUUCUCUCCUUCGACUGCCUGCUGAGAGAGCAGGACUGGAGCCUGCUCAGGACCAUGGAUGUGGCGUUUGACAGAUCGUCGGCGAGUCUGGCGCUGGGAGUACGUGCGCGGGGCGAGACGGUCAAGACGGGCAGUGACCAAGGGGUGGUCCUCCGCUUCCAGUUUGUGAAGGCCCUCCUGCAGGGCGUGGUAGACGUGACCGCCGACGGCGACCUGCUCUUCCCGCUCUCCGCCGCCUUCUUUCGGAAGACCUGGUGGACGGCAUUGCGGGCCCUCAACUUGGAGUGGAGCGGACCACCGCACGGCCUACGACACUCGGGCGCUGCUGACUUCGUGGAGUCGGGCCAGACGCUGGAGGCUACCCGACGGCGCGGCCGCUGGAAGUCGGCCGCAGCCGUCCAGCGCUACACGAAGCAGUAUGAGCUGGUGAGGCAUCGAGCGCAGGCGGGGCACCACAUCGAGCAGGAGGGCGCUGUCUUUUGGACCGACCCGUCGGCUGCCCUCCUCGCCAGUCUCGCCGGCGUCCAGCUCAAGAAGUUCAAGGGCCUCAGGAGUGCGCUCACCACCCGCCUGCAGGAGCUCGCAG